CGCUGGCGGGCGCGGAGCAGGCCGGGGGGGGAUGAGCCAGGCCGCGCCGCCGGCCCGCACGCCCUGAGGAGCCGCCGCCGCCCCGCUGCGGAGCCGGCCCGCCCGCCCGCACCGCGCGGCUCCGGGCCCGCCGCCGCUACCGCCGCCGCCCCGGGCGGGGAGCGGAGCGGGGCGGAGCGGGGCCGGGCCGGGGGGGCGCCCCGCGCCGCUGUCACCAUUGCUGGGGCCCGGAGCGCCGGAGAGCUGCUCUCUCCGCCUCCCCCUCGCUCGCCUCAAAGACGGCGGCGGCGGCGGCACCCUCAGGGACUCGGCCCGGCUCCCGACCCUCUCUGCUCGGCCGCCGCCGCCGCUGCUCCCGCCCCGCUCGGAGGAGGAGGAGGGGGCAGCCGCCGCCGCCACCACCGGGAGCCGCCGCCGCGGGGGGAGGCGGGCCCGCCUGGGGCUGAGCCGCCGGCGCAGCAGGCCCCGCUCCCGGGGCCGCCCGGCGGCCGAGGGCCCGCCGCCGCCUCCCGGCCCCGCGCCCCGCCGCCGCCUGGCCCCUGCGCGCUGUCCCGGAGCGGCCCUCGGCUGCCAGACAUGACCGCCAUCAUCAAAGAGAUCGUCAGCAGGAACAAAAGGCGAUACCAGGAGGAUGGCUUCGACCUGGACCUGACCUAUAUUUAUCCAAACAUAAUUGCUAUGGGUUUUCCUGCGGAGAGGCUUGAAGGAGUAUACCGGAACAACAUUGAUGAUGUAGUAAGGUUUUUGGAUUCAAAGCAUAAAAACCAUUACAAGAUAUACAAUCUAUGUGCUGAAAGACAUUAUGACACCGCCAAAUUUAACUGCAGAGUUGCACAGUACCCUUUUGAAGACCAUAACCCACCACAGCUAGAGCUUAUCAAACCUUUUUGUGAAGAUCUUGACCAAUGGCUAAGUGAAGAUGACAAUCAUGUUGCAGCAAUCCACUGUAAAGCUGGAAAGGGACGAACUGGUGUAAUGAUAUGUGCAUAUUUGUUGCAUCGAGGCAAGUUUUUAAAGGCUCAAGAAGCCUUAGAUUUCUAUGGGGAAGUAAGGACCAGAGACAAGAAGGGAGUGACAAUUCCCAGUCAGAGACGCUACGUGUACUACUAUAGCUACCUGUUAAAGAAUCACCUGGAUUACAGACCAGUGGCACUGCUGUUUCACAAGAUGAUGUUUGAAACAAUUCCCAUGUUCAGCAGCGGAACUUGCAAUCCUCAGUUUGUGGUGUACCAGCUAAAGGUAAAGAUAUUCACCUCCCCUUCAGGACCCUCAAGACGUGAAGACAAGUAUAUGUACUUUGAAUUUCCUCAACCUUUGCCGGUAUGCGGUGAUAUCAAAGUGGAAUUUUUCCACAAACAGAACAAGAUGUUGAAAAAGGACAAAAUGUUUCACUUUUGGGUAAAUACAUUCUUCAUAGGACUGGAUGAAAAUUCAGACAAAGUAGAAAAUGGAAGUCUAGUUGCAGAUCAGGAACUUGAUGGUAUUUUCAGUACAGAGCGCUCAGAUAAUGAUAAGGAAUAUUUAAUCCUUACAUUAACAAAAAACGAUCUAGACAAAGCAAAUAAAGACAAAGCCAACAGAUAUUUCUCUCCAAACUUCAAGGUGAAGCUAUUUUUCACAAAAACAGUAGAAGAGCCAUCAAAUCCAGAGGCUAGCAGUUCAACUUCUGUAACACCAGAUGUUAGUGACAAUGAACCUGAUCAUUAUAGAUACUCUGACACCACUGACUCUGAUCCAGAGAAUGAACCUUUUGAUGAAGAUCAGCAUACACAGAUUACAAAAGUCUGAAUAUUUUUUUUAUCGGAGAUAAAAAAAAAAACCACACAAAAAAAAAACCAACCACGAAGAGUGACAAACUUGAAUAAACUGAAAAAAGGACCUUUUUAAAUGGCAAAAGGACGUAGUGUCAGAUUACCAAUUAUAGGAGAACAAUUCUUUCCUGACCAAUCUUGUUUUGCCCUAUAAAUCUACAGGGUUUGACACUUGUCCAGUUGGAGGAGAAAAAAAAGGUUACUUAGCUCUGAUAUGUAUAUACCUUUUUGUGUCAAAAGGACAUUAAAACUUCAAUUAGGAACUAUAAACAUGGCACUUUCCCAUUUUAUUCCAGUUUUAUAAAAGUGGAGACAGACCUAAUGUGUAUACGUAGGAAUUUUUCCUUUUGUGUUCUGUCACCAAACGAAGUUUCAGAAAUAUACAGGUUCACAUCCUGCCCCUUUUUUUGCACUUGUGUGGCAACAGAAAAGUCUGCAGUUGGCUAAGAGAUGUCUCCAGAAGGUUUUACUACAUUCUAAUGCAUGUAUUUUGGAUGGGGAUGGAAAGUAAUGCUCAGAAAGGAAUAUAGUCUGCUGGAGCUUGGCCUGUGUACCAUAUCCGGCUAUUUACAUGCACCUUUCUUUAGCAUGCUACCGUAAUUCAUCCUGGACAAGUGAAGAGUCGCCGCUGUCACUGCUUGUUGUUUGUGCAUUUUAUUUUUUUAAGUGUAAUGGUGCUAGAAAAGGCAGCUAGAGGGAGUGAUUCUGUAAAGGGGUACAGGAAUGAACCUUCACAACAUCCUAAAGACCCACAAAUGAAGGGAGAAAAAUUACUGGGGUCACAGAAAGGAAACACAGCAACAAUGACUUAACCAUACAAAUGUGGAGGCUAUCAACUCAAAUGUGGGCUUGAAACAAAUUGUUACCAAAUUUGACAAUGAAUUAUUAAUUAUUUUUUUUUUCUGAAUUGUAAUGGCUGCUCCAUCUCCUGUGUAAUCAAGGCCAGUGCUAAAAGUCAGAUGCUAUUAGUGCAUACAUCAAGUCGGCAUCUUACAUUUAUUAUAUUAGUUUUUCAAUCAUAUUCCUGCUGUGAAUACUUCAUAUGCUGCCUUGCAAGCUUUUUUUUCCUCAUUAAUAUAAAAAUAUUUUGUAAUGGUGCACAGGAAAUUCAAUUUCAAUUGGAGAUUCUCCGGGUUAGUGUUUGUUUUGAAGAUUUAUGAUGCAUUUAUUCAAUCAAACCUCUGUCAGUCGUUCCACCCCUUUGACCUUACACAUUCUAUUACAAUGAGUUUUGCAGUUUUGCACACUUUUUAAAAAAAAAAGAAAAAAAAAGUCAUUAACUGUUAGGGAAUUUUACUUGAAUACUCAGUACCUACAAUGUUUUGAAAACAGACAUUACACAUGAUGCUCCGAGGGCUGGAGCCCCUCUGCUGUGAGGACAGGCUGAGAGAGUUGGGGUUGUCCAGCCUGGAGAAGAGAAGGCUCGGGGGAGACCCUGGAGCCCCUUCCAGUCCCUAAAGGGGCUACAGGAAAGAUGGGGAGGGACUUUUUACAAGGGCCUGUAGUGAUAGGACAAGGGGUAAUAGCUUCAAACUGGAAGAGGGGAGAUUUAGAUGAGAUAUCAGGAAAAAAUUUUUAAUUGUGAGGGUGGUGAGCCCCUGGCCCAGGUUGCCCAGAGAAGCUGUGGCUGCCCCAUCCCUGGAGGGGUUCAAGGCCAGGUUGGACGGGGCUUGGAGCAGCCUGGUCUGGUGGGAGGUGUCCCUGCCCAGGGCAGGAACUAGAUGGUCUUUAAGGUCCCUUCCAACCCAAACCAUUCUGUGCUAUAGAGGAAACCAGUGUUGCAGUAAAUUCUGAACACUGUGUGUGUAUGAAGACGUGUACUUUUAAAAAGCAAAGCGUGUCCUAAAUACAUGGUUUGCUAUUAAAACAAACAAAUGAAAAACAACAAACCACCCAACGAAUUGGAUUUCUAAACUGGCAGUGUUGUAUUAUUUGUUUGUAGGGAUAUAGCCAGGAGUAGGGAUUGAGAUUCACUUUCGGUAUAUAAUUGCCCAGACUGCAGAUGACUUAAGAGUACAAUUACUGUUGCAUACAAAUGUGAAGUCGCUGACAAAAUUCUUCUCUCUAAAGUACGCCAUGAAUAGCUGUCCCCAAAUUGACACUUUUUUUUAGGAUGUAAUACACACACCACACCCCCCCACCUUUUAAUUAACUUAUUGGUGCUGACGUUGAAGUUCAGUAGCUGUGUUCUCGCCUAGAUAACAACUGUGUAUGGAAUCUGUAAGGGCCCUGUACAACAGCAUUAAUGGUAAGAAUUUGAAUGAGACAAGGCAGGAUUUCCAGUAAUUACUAUUGGUAAACGAAGGUAUAAAAUGCUUUUUUUUUUUUUUUUUUUUUUUUUUUGGUAUCUGUUGGUCAGUUUUACUCAUCGGAUUCAUGAUUUUAACUUCUAACAAAGCUGAUAAAUAUUUUCUGACUUCUAGGUUUAAUUAGACUUUAAUAGCUUAAUGGAUCAAGAUUGCUGGUUCCAGCGCUCAUUAUUCCCACUGUUAUUGACGAGCAGGAGGUGGUUACCUUGGGACGUGACGUUUAACUCUUACCCUUCGAAUCGUGUUUCACCUUGUCUGUUUUUUAACAGUCGAAAGUUGUGUUGGCUAAUAAACAAAAAUGUUCAUGCUUUAAAAGUAUUUGGAUAUUGACACUGCUCCGUGUCCCACUUUGGAUAAUAAAAAUUGGAUUGGCGCGGUUCCGGUAUGUAACGCUGAGGGCUGGAUUGGAAAUCAUGAUGCGAUGGGCUUUUGCACUGUUAUUUUUCCUUUGGAAUGUGAAGGUUGGAAUGAGGGUUUUGAUUACUCUUUUUUUUUUUUUUUUUUUUUAAAAUGUUUCGAUGUCUUUGAGAAGCCUUGCUUACAUUUUAUGGUGUAGUCAUUGGAAAUGGAAAAAUGGCAUUAUAUAUAUAUAUAUUAUAUAUAUAAAUAUAUAUUAUACAUACUCUCCUAUACUUUAUUUCAGUUACCACCCCCAUAGAAGUUGACAAGAAUUACUAUGACUGAAAGGUUUUUGAGUCCUUAUUAAAACUUUAUUUAUGACAGUAUUCAUAAUUAGCUUGAACUGCAUUCUGUAGGUAAUCUUUCCUUGAGUUUCUGGACUGUAUGCUUAAACCUUUUCGGAUGCGCAACAGCUUACAUGUCUGAAACUACUUGAAGGCAUCACUUCGGUAAGAGCUUACUGUUAGGCCCUGAAGAAGCAUCCCCUAGUCAUUGGUAGCCCCACUCAAACUAUUUGCCACGGCUAUUAAAGGGCGGUUGUCUAAACAGCAGCCGCAUUCGUUCCUGCGGCACACAUUGUAAACUGAAGUGGAGUUUACAUGCAGCAUCAAAUGUUUCAGCUUUCCAAAAAAAAAAAAAAAAAGAUGCUGGUGUGCAAGUUCCAUGUUUAGUCAUAGCAAACGUGUGCAAUAUCUUUAACGAUGCCUGUGGUUGCCACAAAGUGCCUCGUUUACCUUUUAAAUACUGUUAGAAAGUGUCAUGCAUGCAGAUGGAUGGGGUGGAACUGUGCACUAAAAGGGGCUCCAACUGCAGUGUUUGGCAGAGCUGCCUUUCUCUGCCGGUUCAAAUUUUCAGUCUGUUUUCACAUAGCAUAUAUAUAUAGAGAUACUAAAAGGAAAAAAAAAAAAAAAAUCAGUCUGUUAAGCAGCCUUAUUCUGAUUCAGCCUCUUCAAAUACUAUUGUGCUGUGCAACAGUGGCUCUGUGUGUAAUGCUAUGCACUGAGAAUACACAAAACCCAAGUAUGACAUGUACAGGAUAAUGCCUCAUACAAAUCAGAUGUCCGUUUGUUAUUGUGUUUAACAACCCUUUAUCUCUUAGUGUUAAAACUCCACUUAAAACUGAUUAAAGUCUCAUUCUUGUCACUGUG